AUGCUCAAACAAAUUCGUCACAUUUCGGAAGGAAACUUCUAUGGCCUACACGUUACCAACAAGGCCCGAAAGCUCAGCUUGGAUAAAGAGAUACGAACCCUUGAGGCCUGUAAAGAUGUCCAAUCACAUGUUUACCGAAAAGAAGAGAGGGAGUUACUAAGUACACUGAAAAGAUUGCAGCAUACAAAGCAAGAUCACUUUGAAGAUAUUGGACAUCACGAAAACCAAGGGCGCUCUGCUUUUCAUCCCGAAAGGUGCCCAAGUUUUUAUGAAAAUCAACAUGCAAGUGACGGGCAACGGCAUUCACGAAAACCGACUGAAUAUCACGACAGAAAACUUCAGGUAAAAAUCAAAUCAGAAAUCAGUGACAAGAAGACUUCAGUGAAAGUGUGUGCAGGCCCUUCUGAUGCCUCUGUUAUCAUAUCACUUUCACCGAUGGCAAGUUCAACCAACACUCCAAAACAACUUACGACAAUAGCCUUACCUUCCGUACCAAAACCGACCAAAAGAGAUGGUGGCUCAGAAAUUCACAGGACACAGGCGUUUAUGUCCUGUGUUAUUUGCAACUUGCCACGAAAUGCUCAGGGGAGAGAAUACAAACAUACCUGCACAUGCCAUGAGGAUUCUUCUAAACAUCCUCACCACCAUCACAACCGCAGAGAAGAUUUACAGAAACACAGAAAGGAUCACGAAGAUUCGCACUGUUUUGGAGGAGGGCGAAGGAGAAGCUUAGAGGUUGAGGAAAAUCCACCUCGCUACGAGUGGACACAAGGGUUCACAAACACCAACAUCCAUCAAAAGAACCAAGGAAGAAGUAGAGCUUCCAGCAUCGAGGACGAUAAAAAAAGCCACUCACCAAGAGGUGUUGACGCUUACACAGCGCAUGCACCAGGUGUAGGCGCCCACAAAUGGGACUUUGGCGCUGAUCUGGGUAUAGCUGCUGCAAAUUAUCACAAACGUGAUAGGGGAAAACAAAGUGGAUUCCUGGCAUCAAGAAGUAGGAAGAAUAGCCUUGAAGAGGGAAGAAGCCGUAGGAACAGUUGUUCAGAUCGUCGAAGCAGAAGAAGCAGUUUUGGAGAACAAGACACAAUAAUAUACAACAGAUCAAAACAGGAAGAACUACGUGAUCUCUAUCACAGAUUGGAUAGAAUGUUUCCAGUCCACGACAGACAUGAGUACCAUGAUGAAGACAGUAAUUGGUACCAUAGGUACACACAUUUACCUGAAAAUCUUCCUCAUACUACCCAUUCACCUUUGUUUACGCCACACUCAGCCGCUGCUUCAAAUGAGGGAGCUGCACACCAAAAUCCCGCCUUCAAUGGGCUGCUACAUCCAGACAAUAUCGUUAACCAUCAUCACUUUCUACCUCAUGAAGCUAACAAGCAAGAGAAGCCUGCAAGGUCUAGUCAGCAUGCCCCCCAUCACGUCCACGGAUAUCGUGUCCAUGGGAUUGAUCGCAAUGGCAAUCGACAGGAAUACUGCGUAACCCAGGGUGCAACUUCUCAUAUUGCUGCUGCCUUUGAUCGCAACCAUGAUCAAGACAGUGGCAUUCAAUCAAUGCUGAUGAAAUUAAAGCAGCUUCUCAAUGUGUAUCAACAAAUGGACCAUAAAGCUCCAAGAUAUCCCUGGCCUAGUCCUCCUGAAAUCAAAUUCACAAACGAAGAAUUUAGAAAGCUGCGAAACUGCAGGUAUUUGCGGCUAACGAAAAGUAAUAUUGAGAGUUUGAAGCUAUUAGAGGAUAAACUGAAGGAACGUAAUGGGCAAAAAACUUCAUAG